GCUCAAGAUUGGAUAGCAUCAGAAAUACUAGAUAUAAAUGAAAAGGUAGAAAGAGGUCUUAAAUUAGGAGUUUUUCUCGGUGAUUCUGGCUGGCUUAAUGAAAGUGCACUAGUCUUAUCACACACAUACAAAAUAAUUACCACAAAAUGGAUGUGUCACGACCAAAAAUUACAACUUCUCAAAACCCUUCAAUGCCUGACAAAGUGGUUAAUAGUUUUAUCAUAUUACCAUAAUUUCAAAGAUGCUAAAAUAGUUUUAAGACAUAUGCUUCACACUAUUCACAUAAUUAAACAAAUUGAAGAAAAAACACUGUGCAUAGCGUAUGCAUGUGUAGCUGUGUCCGAAUACUAUUUUAAAUUACAGCAAUUUGAUGAGGCUUGGUCUUGGGGAGCUAAAGCUAUCCUUGAACUUCACAAGAACAGUGGACACUUGAAAGUUAUUGUCCUAAGUCAUGGCGUUAAAGUUUGUACUGUAUUGAACAAACUUAACAUAGCACGUAUGUUGAAGACUCAAAUGAAUGCAUUCAAAGAAGAAAUUAGUGAUUACACUCUUUAUCAUGUGUUAUUGAAUGAAUCACACUAUUUUUAUACUAUAUAUCAACAACAACAUAUAUUACCAUGGUUAUUUCGUAACCACUAUAUUUUAUUAGACUAUUCACGCAAUUUAUUUGGUUAUUAUAAUUUACACACUGCAAUGAUUAUGGUUGAGUAUGUAACUCUUCGCCAUGCAGUUCGAAAUGGUUUUCUAUUAAAAUUUAUUAUUGAUGAUACUAUGCGGUGUUUACUACAAGCCAUAAAUAUCAUGCACAAAAUUGGCUUACCGGAUGACAAUAUGUUGUUAGUGAAAGCCUAUCAGAUGAAAACAUUAGUGGUCCAAGAUCUAGUGGUGGGUUUAGAGAAUGAAUAUCCAUAUAGUAUUGGUUUAAAUGAUUUUACUGAAAGAAUUGAAAGACAAAAUAUAAAACGGGAAUCGCGGGAAAUGUUAAGAAAAGCUGAGAUAUUUCACUUAAAUUUCUUAGAGAAAAAUUUAAAAUCAGCUAUAAGGAACACCCUGGUUACAGCACAUUUACAUACUUAUCUAGGACGUUUUUAUAUUUUUCAGAAAAAUUAUUCGCGAUCUAAAGAAUUGCUUUUUAGAGCGCUUGAAAUCAAAAAAUUAUUAUUAGGUGAAAACCACAUAUCAUUUGCCCAAACUUUAAGUGUGUUAGCUCGUUUGCACGUAACAUCAAACAAAUUUCAAGAAGCUGAAGUACUUUAUUUGCAAGUGAUAAAAAUAUAUCAAAAUUCCCUCGAUGGCCCUCACCUAGAACUUCAGUUAACUAUAUUAGAAUUGAUGGAAAUUUAUAAAAAUUUAAAUAAUACAGAAAAGUGGAAUCGUUAUUCUAAUUAUUUUACGUGGUUAAAUAAAACAUAUAAUGAGUGGUUAUUAGAGUUGCAAUCUAUAGGAAUAGAUAAUAACUGUAAAAAAGAAGAUUUUAGUUUGGAAAAGUUUAAAUGCAUAUUAAAUAAAUGCAAUUGUAACUAAAAGUUAAUUUAAAUGAAAGAAUAAUUUGAAAAGUUUA